CCAUUCACACCAAUUCCAAUUUCACCCACAUCAACCCAAUCUGCUACAUACAUACAUACAUACAUACCAUGUGCCAACCAGCCGCCAUGUCUCGAACCCGCCACGCAAGGGAUCAAACAAGGACAGGACACGCGUCUACUACAUACUCCGCACAUUGCACGUACCUUGCAAAUCCCAUCUAUCCCUACUACACGAGACAAUCCUUAUUUCCGGGGUUUUUAUUUCAAAUAAAUACCCUGCCGGAUCACCUCACUGACUAGCAAAAUUCCGCCAUCUAUUCAUCCAUUCCUCCAUCUUUCCCUAUCUUUUUGGAAAAGACAGUCAAAAAUGCAUCUCAAAUCCAUCCUCUUCACACUCGCCGCAUCGACGACCCUCGUCGCCGCCGGCAGCGACUACUAUUGUCUCAUGGCGCAGGAUGGCACGGGCAUGAUCCAGGACCCGUACUGCUGUGAUAGUUUCUCUCCUACGCCGGGAGAUUCGAUUGCUCAGCAGGGAAAUAAUUGCCAGUCGAUGGAUGGAUAUGAGUGGGUGGAUCAGUGUCCUCAGGGUGGGACUGUUAAGUGUUGUUAUACUAUUGGUCCCGAGUUCAUCUGCACGGCGGAGGCAGAGCAGAACACGGAUGAUGAUUGAAUCAACUACUACUGUAGAUUAUUGGAAAGAAAAAAGAUGGAACACUAAAUGGAGGAAGGAAUAUACACUACUGUUCAAAACAUGACCCAUAUACAACAAAAAUGAAAUAUCCAGUUAUUG